UAAAAAUAUGACAAGUCAACCACCAGCCAUCACUAAAAGCCUGUCUGAUUCCAUUGGUCUCACGCCAAUGCUUGACAUUGGAACAACUAACAAAGUCCAGUUGCUCGCUAAGCUUGAAUUCACCAACCCAACUGGUAGCAUCAAAGAUCGCCUGGCCAAGUACGUUUUGGAUGAACACGAAAAACGCCACGGGAUUCCAGCCGAAAACAAGAGACGAACCAUUUUAGUUCCCUCAAGUGCCAAUCUUGGUAUUUCUAUUGCCACCUUGGCCGCAAAACGUAGCUACAAAGUUAUCUCAGUCGUGCCCGAACGUACUUCAAAUGAUCGUAUCUUACUGCUCAAGGCAUUGGGUGCAGAAAUCGUUCGGUCACCAAACGAAGUCAGACCUGAGGCUCCCGAGAGUGCGCACUCGGUUGCCAAAAAGCUGGCCGAACAGUGGGAAGAUGCUCUGGUUGUAGAUGAAACUCGUAUUGUUGACUUGACGCCUUACCAUAACCUAGCAGAGGAAAUUCUUCAACAGACAUCUGCGUCUUUGGACGCCUUGUUUGUGGGUGUAGAAUCUGGUGCGGCUAUGAGUGGCAUAGCUUCUUACCUCAAGCAGCGUAUUCCUGGUCUCAAGGUGUUUGGUGUUGAACCUGUGGGAUCGGGAUUGGGAUCUCACCAGCCUCAAGGGCAUCACGCAGAUUGGAAAGUAGAGGAUAUUGGUAGCACGUUUGUGCCCAGCAGCCUCAACAAGAGAGUUGUGGAUGAAUGGAUCCAAGUAUCUGACAAAGAAGCCUAUUCAAUGGCACGCCGAUUGAUCCGUGACCAGGGAGUGAUGUGUGGUCCAUCUUCUGGUGCAGUGGUCGCAGCUGCCACUAACCAUGCUGCGGGUAUUACGCAGCACACAACCCACACCUAUCGUUCUGUCGUCAUUCUCAACGACACCUCUCGCAACUACACCUCUACACUUUUGUCGGAUGACUGGCUUUUGGAGAAUGAUCUGGCUGACGACGUGGUCAUGCGUGAGUUGGAAUACCUUUCCCAUGAUCGCUAUCGUGCUGCCAGUGUCGAGGAUCUUCAGUUGCCUGCCGCAGUAACGAUUCCUCCAUCAGCCAGCAUAGCCAACGCUCUUGAUCUCAUGCUUGAACGCGAAUACUCACAACUGCCCGUCAUCCAUCCAGCCAACAAAAAGCUCGUUGGAUAUGUGUCACUUGCCUCUCUCCAGGCACGUCUUGAACAGGGCACUGUUAAACUCGAUGACCGCAUUGAAUCGUGCAUGUAUGCCUUCAACAAGGCAUCUGGCAAUCUCUCAAAGUACCAGGUCAUCACGCCCGAUACAAGUCUUGCUGAACUCGCCAAAUUCUUUGAAAAGAAUUCUUUUGCUGUGGUUACCGAUAGUCAGCGCAAGUGGUGUCUUGGUGUAGCUACAAAAUAUGAUCUCAUUAGUUUCCUCCAUCGCCGUCAGUUUCUCUAAAUGAUAUACAUAUAUCUACAUAUAUAUAUCCCAUAGCACAAUAUUGCCUUUUUUUUCCUUUUCCCCCUUUUAUUAUAUAUAUAUAUAUCAAAAAUAACAACAACAACAACAACAUGUAUAAAAAAAGUAAAAUCUC